AUGAAGGGAGUUUGGGUGUUGCUCCUGGCAACCUGUUGCGCCAGCUCCGUUGCGGAGGCAGGUGAGUGGCGGCCUAGGGUGAGGAGAAGGUUGUGUUGUGGGAAAUGGGGGGCAGCCCCAGGAUUUUGAGACAGCUAUGAAGCAAUAAUGAAGAAGGAUGUGCCUUUGAGUAUGUGCACAAUGACUUUCCUUUGCCAAGUCGUACCUUGGAAGUCGAACAGAAUCCGUUCCGGAAGUCCGUUGGACCUCCAAAAUGUCCAGAAACCGAAGCGCAGCUUCCAAAAGAACGUUCGAAAACCGGAACCCUCACAUCUGGAUUUCGAUCGUUUUGGGAGCCAAUUUGUUUGGGAGCCAAUUUGUUCGAGAGACAAGGUACGACUGUAUAUCAUCACAACCAUCCCAGGUCACUAACAACGGUUUGAUGGGGAAGGCUUCCAAUGUCUCAUGUUUGCCAGCAGAUCUGGAGAACCUAUGCUCCUCCAUAUCUUGUGGGGCUCCAUCUUCCACCAUCUCUGAGCAUUCACCAUCCUGGCUGGGGCAAAGGGGAGUCCAUUAACAUCUGGAGGGCCAAUUGUUUAAUCUAGAGGGCCAUUGUUUGAUAGAAUAAGCUCAGCUACGGCCCUUAUCUCAGAGAACAAUGCUUCUGGCUAGACAGGCGCCUCUGUUCUUACUGAGCCACCUUCAAGGCUUCUGGGUCUGCCUAAAAUAAAGGCUGGAGGCUCAAGGCAUGUAGUGAGUCUUCUGUUGCUUUUUGUGACUUUGGAAGCUGAAGAGUCAGCCAGGCACUCAUUGUUAAAUAAUAAUCAAAUGGAGGCUAUUCUCUCUGUGUGUUUAUUUGCAAUAUACAUCAGUCAUAAACAGUGAUUUAUAUACAGCUGUUUUAUUUAUCCUGCCCAGAAGCACCAAAUUUCUAUUUAAUCACAUUUAACUUUUAAGUUGUUUCAGGUUUUAAACAAACUCAUGGAGGGCUUUGGAGAGACUUGUUGUAAUAAUAUGGAUUGGACAGUGAGGGCUCAUCAGGACUUCCUUUUGAGACAUGUUACUAGGCACAGAUCUGUGCUUUAAAACCCAUGUUGUAGUGGUUUGUUUAUUUUAUUUGUCCCGGCACUUUCCCCGAUAAAACCAGCAUUUUACUAUUGAAUCAGAGCAAACGGCAUUCAGGUUUUCUGUAUGAGCCCUGAGAUUGGUUCAAAAUGCCCUUGAUGGAAGGAAGAUGUGCUGGGUGAUUUUGUGCUUGGUUGUUUCAUGGCAUUUUGCUCUAUAUGUUGAUAUCCUGAGAUUUUUUUAAAUUUAUUUUUAAACCAUAGUCAGAAUAUUAAAAAGAUGGUGGUGAGGAGCCACACCUGUGCCUUUGCUAAACACCUAACAGAUAAAGUCGCUUUCAUUUGUUCGUACUUGAACUUCCCCUCUAUUUGACCUGGUUUUUCUUAGCAAGAAACCAUAGCCUAAUAAUGAUGAUGAUGAUAAUAAUAAUAAUAAUAAUAAUAAUAAUAAUAAUAAUAAUAAUAUAUUAUUUAUACCCCGUCCAUCUGGCUGGGUUUCCCCAGCCACUCUGGGUGGCUUCCAGAAUAUUAAAAUACAAUAGUCCAUUAAACAUUAAGAGCUUCCCUAAACAGGGCUGCCUUCAGAUGUCUUCUAAAAAUCUGGUACAGUGGUACCUCGGGUUAAGAACUUAAUUCUUUUUGGAGGUCCGUUCUUAACCUGAAAUUGUUCUUAACCUGAGGUACCACUUUAGCUAAUGGGGCCUCCUGCUGCCACCGCGCCACCACUGCACGAUUUCUCUUCUCAUCCUGAAGCAAAGUUCUUAACCCAAGGUACUAUUUCUGGGUUAGCGGAGUCUGUAACCUGAAGUGUCUGUAACCUGAGGUACCACUGUAGUUGUUUUUCUCUUUGACAUCUGAUGGGAGGGCGUUCCACAGGGCGGGCGCCACUACCGAGAAGGCCCUCUGCCUGGUUCCCUGUAACUUGGCUUCUCAUAGUGAGGGAACCACCAGAAGGCCCUCGGCACUGGACCAAUACAAUAUGAUUGUAUUUAUGCUUCUGUGUGUGGUGGCUGUUUUUCCCUGUUUUUAGCAAAUGAGUGAAGUCGGAUCUAUGAUUGAUAGCUGAGUUGCUUGGACACUGGGCAUUAGGAAUCUGUGGUGACCCAAAGAGCUGCUUUUCUCCCUCCCCUUUAGUACACUUUCCCAUUUCUGCCUUAUUUCCAAGCAGUCCUUGCAAUUUCCAUAGUUUGGCCUGUGAUGAAAGAGGGGCACCCAAGGGAAGUUGCCCCACCCCAACACAACAAUUGCAGGGCUCCCACUCCUUAAGAAUCACUGAACUUACUGUACACUGGUAUACUUGGUUAAUUCAGAAUUAUCGUAUUUUUUGCUCUAUAAGAUCAUAAGACGCGCCUAGUUUUUGGAGGAGGAAAACAAGAAAAAAAAUAUUCUGAAUCCCAGAAGCCAGAACAGCAAGAGGGAUCUGGCUUCUGGGAUAGCCUCUUGCUGUUCUGGCUUCUGGGAUAGCCGCGCGAAGCCUCUUCAGGGCAGUGGGAUGAAGACACCCCCUGCCCUCAAGAGGCUUUGCGUGGCUAAGCCAGAAGCCAGGACAGCAAGCGGGAUCGCCUGGCAGCGGGAGGAAGGCUCCCCCAAGAGCCUCGCUCCCUUUAAAGAGCACGUGGAGCGUGUUUGCGGCUCUUGGGGGCUUUUCCCCGAGGAGGGAGAAGGGACUGAUGGGCUGCCCUUCUCCCUCCUCGGGAAAAAGCCCCCAAGAGCCGCCCACACCCUCCACACGGCUCUUUAAAGGGAGCGCUGAGCAGAGCCUCCCGCCUGCAUUCGCCCCAUAAGACGCACACACAUUUCCCCUUACUUUUUAGGAGGGGAAAAGUGCGUCUUAUAGAGCAAAAAAAUACAGUAUGUUUAUUUGAGUUUCAUGGGGCUUGCUCCCAGGUAAGCUGGUACAAGAUGGCAGAAUCAGCUUCAGCAUUAGGGCUGGAACUGGGCAGAACAGGGUUAUUGUGUCUUUAAAAACCGUAUCUCCACAUUCAGGACCAGCGGCACAUAGCUGGCUUUCCUUGGUCCAGGCGGGAGAAGCAGCAGUGGCAGAAGUGUUAUGAGCUGGGGGUGUCAAGCUGCGUGCCGGACUCCACUGUUCCCUAGAUCUGGGUUCCAGAUCCUUCUAAUCCCUGGAUCCAGGAAGUGUUAAAAGUUAAUAAAGCAAAACUAGCUUCUUGAGGAGGACGAAAUAAGCUCUGUGUGAGUCAGCAGAUGAGGGGGGCCACUCCCUCAACAGAUAACGCCACAGAUGAGUUGAGUUAUGUAAGCCAGAAGCCGAUUUCUGCUGGAAACCAGGGCUGAGGUUAUGGGAGAAACAAGACCCUUUUAGGGUCUUGAUGCUGUGAAGCCUUCCAUCAGGCUGGAGAUAUGUGUUUUAAAAAACCCAUAUAUCAUAAAGACACCACAGUCUCCGCUGUGCCUCAUUCCGCUCAGAGACUGGGGUGCUGUGUAACAGUACCAGAACUCCUAGGGACCAAGGUCCCUUCAGCCCCCACCCAUAAAAUAUUUGAGGGGGCCGGGGGCUCCCAAAGUUGAUGGCCAUUGCCAUUCAAAUGGUGUGCCUGCAAGACAUCAUGUGAUUGAUCAUGUGGGGCAGGUCUUACCUGGGCCCUGCCAAUAUUUUAUUCAAGUCGGUAACCCUGAACAGUACAGUGGUACCUUGGUUCCUGAGCGGUUUAGCUCCCAAACAAAUUGGCUGCCGAACGCCGCAAAUCCGGAAGCAAGUGUUCCUGUUUGCGAACGUUUUCCAGAAGCUGAAUUAAAGGGAAGUUCUCUUUCUGCACAUAACUGUGGCAUUAUGGGAAGUCUUGCUAUGGGAACUAUUGCUUCUUUUCUCUUGCAUUCUGGGAAGUCUCGCUUAUAAUCUUUUCUCUGCUUCUGCACACACUGUACAAACCUGUUCUAAACACACCAAGACAUUCCCUCAUUCCUCAGUUCAUUUUAAGUUCAUGAACAAACAAUAUGAUCUGUUCUUAAUGCACAGCUGACCACAUCUACGGAACUCGAUUAUUAUAUUCUUUCAUGUUAUGAUCAAUCAUUAGUAAUUGUUUUAGUCAUGCUAUAUCAAUCUUUAGUUAUAAUUUAAUUAGGAGGUUUUAUGCCUGCCUAGUUCCAGCUCCGUUUCCCAGCCUUUAAUCUAUCGGUGAUUAAUGUUAUAUGUAAUUCCCGCCUUGUACCUAUGUUAACCAAUCAGCAACAAGUUGCUUUGUGUUUGUAUCAACCAAUCAGCCACAAGCACACCUGUGGCAAUGUUUGUAAUAUUCAAUAAAAGAGAGUUCCCGGGGCUCGCCCCAGCAGACGCCUCUCAUAUGACACCUGCCACUCGUCUGUUGUGAAUUCGUUCCAACACUGAAUGUCUGACGCGGCUUCCCCUUGAGUGCAGGAAGCUCCUGCAGCCAAUAGGAAACCGCACCUUGGUUUUCAAAUGGUUUCGGGAGUCGAACGGACUUUUGGAACGGAUUAAGUUCAACAACCAAGGUACAACUGUACUAGUUAUAGCGCUGGGUACCAUUCCUUCAAUGUGUUCUGAUUAUUUUUAUAUCCAACACAAAGCAGGGGUACCAACUUGAAUAAAAUACAGUCGUACCUUGGAAGUCGAACGGAAUCAAUUCCAGAAGACCGUUUGACUUCUGGAACAUAGUAUAUGACGAGCUUAAAAAAUGUUUAAGUAUAACUUUAUAAAAAGUACAGAAGCUUUUCUACUAGGGAUAACAGACGCAGGUAUAGCAAGAGAAGAUCAGAAAAUAUUCCUCUAUGCUACAGGAGCGGCAAGGAUCCUAAUUGCUAAAAACUGGAAAAAAGAAAUUGUGCCAACAAAAAUGAAAUGGCAAGACAAACUGUUAGAGUAUAUUGAACUGGCUAGAUUAACAGAGGCAAUUAGAGAACACACUAGACAAGAGUUUCAAAAAGCAUGGAGGAAAUGCAGAGAAUACUUCACAAAACAGUGCCCUAAAAUUCAUACCUGGACUUGUUUCGAUUAAUGUCUGCAGGAGACUUUGUGGAUAUUUAAGUUAUAAUUAGAAAAAUCUUAAUAAUUAUUCAUAAAGGAAACUGCUUAUAAGAAGUAACUAAGGAUGCCAGAAACAGGAUAAAGGAAGUCUUUUAUUUGGUUGUUUGUAUUGUUGUAAAUUAUGCUUGUUGUUUGUUAUGUUUGUGUCUGAUGGGGGUGGAUUUCUGUGCUGGGGGAGGUUGUGUUAUGUUGUAAAUAAAAUUUCCAAUAAAAUUUAUUAGAUGACAAAAUAUUAGGAAACCAGUGUGCAGCUUCUGAUUGGCUGCAGGAAGCAAUCAGAAGCCACAGAAGCCCCGUCAGACUUUCAACUUCCAAAAAUAGUUUGAAUCCCCGCGACGGGGUGAGCUCCCGUUGCUCGGUCCCAACUCCUGCCAACCUAGCAGUUCGAAAGCACGUCAAAGUGCAAGUAGAUAAUUAGGUACCACUCAGGCGGGAAGGUAAACGGCGUUUCUGUGCGCUGCUCUGGUUCGCCAGAAGCGGCUUAGUCAUGCUGGCCACAUGACCCGGAAGCUGUACGCCGGCUCCCUCGGCCAGUAAAGCGAGAUGAGCGCCGCAACCCCAGAGUCGGCCACGACUGGACCUAAUGGUCAGGGGUCCCUUUACCUUUACUUUACCCAUCAACUUGGGGGGAGUCCAGUCCCCUCAAAUAUUUUAUUGUGGGGACCAAGGCCCUGACGGUCCCUAGGAGUUGGCUCCUAUGACAAAUAGCAUCAAAUUGAAACACUCCCUAGCAAAUUCUUCUAUCCUGACAAAUCCCCACUAAUUCUAGCAGUAGCAAACAAAGAAGAAAAAGAAAAAUAUGUUGCAUGAUUCCCAUAGCCAUCUGCAAACUGAGUUAACGGGUGUUAAAUGGCAAAAUGUAAUUCAAUUUAAAGGAAGAUAGAGUGAGCCAUAGAAUGAUAGAAUCAUAGAGUUGCCGAUUGCUAACAAGUGGGUCAGUGCUUGUAUACACUCAGAAGGUAUGAACUGGGACCAGGCCUUGAGGUCAUACUAAACAACUCAGUGAAGCUUUGAAAAAAAUGCAAAUUCCACAGGAGGGGUCAUUAGGAAAGGAAUUGAAAACAAAAUCGCUGGUAUCAUAUCGGCUUUGUAGAAAUCUAUGGGGCAAUAGCAUUUUGAAUGCCGCUCAAUCAUAACUGAGAUUGACACACAGAAAUUAUGAAUUAACUCUACGCCCAUCUUCUAUCUUGUAGAUGUUAGCUGGAGAGUAAAAGGGAAUGAAGAAGAAAGAGGUGAAAUGGAUACAACAGAAAGACCAGGCAGGAUUCAGCUCACAACCCAAAAAACCACCAAAAGUGGGAAUAACUUUCUCAACAUCGAAAAAAGGAUGGGAAACGUAGAGGAAAGGGGUGCUCCAAAAGAAACAAGCGGAUCUCCCAACACCACCACAGAAGUGACCACGACUAACAGCUUGCCAGCUGGGCCUACCUCCAUUCCCACAACAACCAAAACCAGAGAAGACACCAAUACUAUGACCUCACUGGCCACAACUCCCGCCACUUCAGCAACCGCCACCACAAAGGAGAACGCUGCCACCACGAAGGAGACGACCGCAGCAACCACAAAGGAGAACACCGCCACGACCUUGCAGUUGACGACUACCAACAGUCCCAUAACAACAACUAAGGCCUUGCCUGUCACGACUACCACAGCUAUCACAGUCACCACCACCGCAUCGCCGGUCACGACUGCCACCACACCAACAACCACACCAACAACCACCUGCUCUCCAACUACGAUUACUAACACUCCCACAAUCACCUCAAUGACCACAACUACCGUCACUCCCAGAACUGUCACAACUGAAUCGCCAAUAACGACUACGGCCACUCCCUCCACCACCACCACCACUGACACGCCGGCCACGACUACAGCCACUCCCACAACCACCAGCCCUGACUUGCCUGUCACGACUACCGCCACUCCCACAACCACCAGCACUGACUCGCCUGUCACGACUACCGCCACUCCCACAACCACCAGCACUGACUCGCCUGUCAUGACUACCGCCACUCCCACAACCACCAGCACUGACUCGCCUGUCACGACUACCGCCACUCCCACAACCACCAGCACUGACUCGCCUGUCACGACUACCGCCACUCCCACAACGACCAGCACUGAGUCGCCUGUCACGACUACCGCCACUCCCACAACCACCACCACCACUGACACGCCUGUCACGACUACCGCCACUCCCACAACCACCAGCACUGACUCGCCUGUCACGACUACCGCCACUCCCACAACCACCAGCACUGACUCGCCUGUCACAACUACAGCCACUCCCACAACCACCACCACCACUGACACGCCUGUCACAACUACCGACACUCCCACAACCACCAGCACCGACUCGCCUGUCACGACUACCGCCACUCCCACAACCACCAGCACUGAGUCGCCUGUCACGACUACCGCCACUCCCACAACCACCAGCACUGACUCGCCAGUCACGACUACCGCCAUUCCCACAACCACCAGCACUGACUCGCCUGUCACGACUACCGCCAGUCCCACAACCACCAGCACUGACUCGCCAGUCACGACUACCGCCACUCCCACAACCACCAGCACUGACUCGCCUGUCACGACUACCGCCACUCCCACAACCAACAGCACUGACUCGCCUGUCACGACUACCGCCACUCCCACAACCACCAGCACUGACUCGCCUGUCACGACUACCGCCACUCCCACAACCACCAACACUGACUCGCCAGUCACGACUACCGCCACUCCCACAGCCACCAGCCCUGACUCGCCUGUCACGACUACCGCCACUCCCUCAACCACCACCACCACUGACACGCCUGUCACGACUACCGGCACUCCCACAACCACCAGCCCCGACUCGCCUGUCACGACUACUGCCACUCCCACAACCACCAGCACUGACUUGCCUGUCACGACAACCGCCACUCCCACAACCACCAGCCCCGACUCGCCUGUCACGACUACAGCCACUCCCACAACCACCAGCCCUGACUCGCCUGUCACGACUACCGGCACUCCCACAACCACCAGCCCCGACUCGCCUGUCACGACUACUGCCACUCCCACAACCACCACCACUGACACGCCUGUCACGACUACAGCCACUCCCACAACCACCAGCCCUGACUCGCCUGAAACGACUACCGCCACUCCCACAACCACCAGCACUGACUCGCCAGUCACGACUACCGCCACUCCCACAACCACCACCACCACUGACUCGCCUGUCACGACUACCGCCACUCCCAUAAUCACCAGCCCUGACUCGCCUGUCACGACUACCGCCACUCCCACAACCACCACCACCACUGACACGCCUGUCACGACUACCGCCACUCCCACAACCACCAGCCCUGACUCGCCUGUCACGACUACCGCCACUCCCACAACCACCAGCCCCGACUCGCCUGUCACGACUACUGCCACUCCCACAACCACCAGCACCACUGACACGCCUGUCACGACUACCGCCACUCCCACAACCACCAGCCCUGACUCGCCUGUCACGACUACCGGCACUCCCACAACCACCAGCCCUGACUCGCCUGUCACGACUACUGCCACUCCCACAACCACCAGCACCACUGACACGCCUGUCACGACUACCGCCACUCCCACAACCACCAGCCCUGACUCGCCUGUCACGACUACCGCCACUCCCACAACAACCAGCCCCGACUCGCCUGUCACGACUACUGCCACUCCCACAACCACCAGCCCUGACUCGCCUGUCACGACUACCGCCACUCCCACAACCACCAGCACUGACUCGCCUGUCACGACUACCGCCACUCCCACAACCACCACCACCACUGACUCGCCUGUCACGACUACUGCCACUCCCACAACCACCAGCCCCGACUCGCCUGUAACGACUACCGCCACUCCCACAACCACCAGCACUGACUCGCCUGUCACGACUACUGCCACUCCCACAACCACCACCACUGACACGCCUGUCACGACUACAGCCACUCCCACAACCACCAGCCCUGACUCGCCUGAAACGACUACCGCCACUCCCACAACCACCAGCACUGACUCGCCAGUCACGACUACCGCCACUCCCACAACCACCACCACCACUGACUCGCCUGUCACGACUACCGCCACUCCCAUAAUCACCAGCCCUGACUCGCCUGUCACGACCACCGCCACUCCCACAACCACCACCACCACUGACACGCCUGUCACGACUACCGCCACUCCCACAACCACCAGCCCUGACUCGCCUGUCACGACUACCGGCACUCCCACAACCACCAGCCCCGACUCGCCUGUCACGACUACUGCCACUCCCACAACCACCAGCACCACUGACACGCCUGUCACGACUACCGCCACUCCCACAACCACCAGCCCUGACUCGCCUGUCACGACUACCGGCACUCCCACAACCACCAGCCCCGACUCGCCUGUCACGACUACUGCCACUCCCACAACCACCAGCACCACUGACACGCCUGUCACGACUACCGCCACUCCCACAACCACCAGCCCUGACUCGCCUGUCACGACUACCGGCACUCCCACAACAACCAGCCCCGACUCGCCUGUCACGACUAAUGCCACUCCCACAACCACCAGCCCUGACUCGCCUGUCACGACUACCGCCACUCCCACAACCACCAGCACUGACUCGCCUGUCACGACUACCGCCACUCCCACAACCACCACCACCACUGACUCGCCUGUCACGACUACUGCCACUCCCACAACCACCAGCCCUGACUCGCCUGUAACGACUACCGCCACUCCCACAACCACCAGCACUGACUCGCCUGUCACGACUACUGCCACUCCCACAACCACCACCACUGACACGCCUGUCACGACUACAGCCACUCCCACAACCACCAGCCCUGACUCGCCUGUAACAACUACCGCCACUCCCACAACCACCAGCACUGACUCGCCAGUCACGACUACCGCCACUCCCACAACCACCACCACCACUGACUCGCCUGUCACGACUACCGCCACUCCCACAACCACCAGCCCUGACUCUCCUGUCACGACUACCGGCACUCCCACAACCACCAGCCCCGACUCGCCUGUCACGACUACUGCCACUCCCACAACCACCAGCACUGACUUGCCUGUCACGACAACCGCCACUCCCACAACCACCAGCCCCGACUCGCCUGUCACGACUACAGCCACUCCCACAACCACCAGCCCCGACUCGCCUGUCACGACUACUGCCACUCCCACAACCACCAGCCCUGACUCGCCUGUAACGACUACCGCCACUCCCACAACCACCAGCACUGACUCGCCUGUCACGACUACCGCCACUCCCACAACAACCACCACCACAGACUCGCCUGUCACGACUACUGCCACUCCCACAACCACCAGCCCUGACUCGCCUGUAACGACUACCGCCACUCCCACAACCACCAGCACUGACUCGCCUGUCACGACUACUGCCACUCCCACAACCACCAGCCCUGACUCGCCUGUCACGACUACCGCCACUCCCACAACCACCACCACCACUGACACGCCUGUCACGACUACCGCCACUCCCACAACCACCAGCCCUGACUCGCCUGUCACGACUACCGGCACUCCCACAACCACCAGCCCCGACUCGCCUGUCACGACUACUGCCACUCCCACAACCACCAGCACUGACUCGCCUGUCACGACUACCGCCACUCCCACAACCACCAGCCCCGACUCGCCUGUCACGACUACUGCCACUUCCACAACCACCACCACUGACACGCCUGUCACGACUACUGCCACUCCCACAACCACCAGCCCCGACUCGCCUGUCACGACUACAGCCACUCCCACAACCACCAGCCCUGACUCGCCUGUCACGACUACCGCCACUCCCACAACCACCAGCCCCGACUCGCCUGUCACGACUACUGCCACUCCCACAACCACCAGCACUGACUCGCCUGUCACGACAACCGCCACUCCCACAACCACCAGCCCCGACUCGCCUGUCACGACUACUGCCACUCCCACAACCACCACCACUGACACGCCUGUCACGACUACAGCCACUCCCACAACCACCAGCCCUGACUCGCCUGUCAUGACCACCACCACUCCCACAACCACCAGCCCUGACUCGCCAGUCACGACUACCGCCACUCCCACAACCACCACCACCACUGACUCGCCUGUCACGACUACCGCCACUCCCACAAUCACCACCACCACUGACACGCCUGUCACGACUACCGCCACUCCCACAACCACCAGCCCUGACUCGCCUGUCACGACUACCGGCACUCCCACAACCACCAGCCCCGACUCGCCUGUCACGACUACUGCCACUCCCACAACCACCAGCCCUGACUCGCCUGUAACGACUACCGCCACUCCCACAACCACCAGCACUGACUCGCCUGUCACGACUACUGCCACUCCCACAACCACCACCACCACUGACACGCCUGUCACGACUACCGCCACUCCCACAACCACCAGCCCUGACUCGCCUGUCACGACUACCGGCACUCCCACAACCACCAGCCCCGACUCGCCUGUCACGACUACUGCCACUCCCACAACCACCAGCACUGACUCGCCUGUCACGACUACCGCCACUCCCACAACCACCAGCCCCGACUCGCCUGUCACGACUACUGCCACUUCCACAACCACCACCACUGACACGCCUGUCACGACUACAGCCACUCCCACAACCACCAGCACUGACUUGCCUGUCACGACUACCGCCACUCCCACAACUACCACCACCACUGACACGCCUGUCACGACUACAGCCACUCCCACAACCACCAGCACUGACUCGCCUGUCACGACUACUGCCACUCCCACAACCACCACCACUGACACGCCUGUCACGACUACAGCCACUCCCACAACCACCAGCCCUGACUCGCCUGUAACGACUACCGCCACUCCCACAACCACCAGCACUGACUCGCCAGUCACGACUACCGCCACUCCCACAACCACCACCACCACUGACUCGCCUGUCACGACUACCGCCACUCCCACAACCACCACCACCACUGACACGCCUGUCACGACUACCGCCACUCCCACAACCACCAGCCCUGACUCGCCUGUCACGACUACCGGCACUCCCACAACCACCAGCCCCGACUCGCCUGUCACGACUACUGCCACUCCCACAACCACCAGCAGUGACUUGCCUGUCACGACAACCGCCACUCCCACAACCACCAGACCCGAGUCGCCUGUCACGACUACAGCCACUCCCACAACCACCAGCCCUGACUCGCCUGUCACGACUACCGCCACUCCCACAACCACCAGCCCCGACUCGCCUGUCACGACUACCGCCACUCCCACAACCACCAGCCCCGACUCGCCUGUCACGACUACUGCCACUCCCACAACCACCACCACUGACACGCCUGUCACGACUACAGCCACUCCCACAACCACCAGCCCUGACUCGCCUGUAACGACUACCGCCACUCCCACAACCACCAGCACUGACUCGCCAGUCACGACUACCGCCACUCCCACAACCACCAGCACUGACUCGCCUGUCACGACUACCGCCACUCCCACAACCACCAGCACUGACUCGCCUGUCACGACUACCGCCACUCCCACAACCAGCACCACUGACUCACCUGUCACGACUACAGCCACUCCCACAACCACCAGCACUGAGUCGCCUGUCACGACUACCGCCAUUCCCACAACCACCAGCACUGACUCGACUGUCAUGACCACCACCACUCCCACAACCACCAGCACUGACUCGCCUGUCACGACCACCGCCACUCCCACCACCAGCACUGACUCGCCUGUCACGACUACCGCCACUCCCACAACCACCAGCACUGACUCGCCUGUCACGACUACCGCCACUCCCACAACCACCAGCACUGACUCGCCUGUCACGACAACCGCCACUCCCACAACCACCAGCCCCGACUCGCCUGUCACGACUACUGCCACUCCCACAACCACCACCACUGACACGCCUGUCACGACUACAGCCACUCCCACAACCACCAGCCCUGACUCGCCUGUAACGACUACCGCCACUCCCACAACCACCAGCCCUGACUCGCCAGUCACGACUACCGCCACUCCCACAACCACCACCACCACUGACUCGCCUGUCACGACUACCGCCACUCCCACAAUCACCACCACCACUGACACGCCUGUCACGACUACCGCCACUCCCACAACCACCAGCCCUGACUCGCCUGUCACGACUACCGGCACUCCCACAACCACCACCACCACUGACACGCCUGUCACGACUACCGCCACUCCCACAACCACCAGCACUGACUCGCCAGUCACGACUACCGCCACUCCCACAACCACCACCACCACUGACUCGCCUGUCACGACUACCGCCACUCCCACAACCACCAGCCCUGACUCGCCUGUCACGACUACCGCCACUCCCACAACCACCACCACCACUGACACGCCUGUCACGACUACCGCCACUCCCACAACCACCAGCCCUGACUCGCCUGUCACGACUACCGGCACUCCCACAACCACCAGCCCCGACUCGCCUGUCACGACUACUGCCACUCCCACAACCACCAGCAGUGACUUGCCUGUCACGACAACCGCCACUCCCACAACCACCAGACCCGAGUCGCCUGUCACGACUACAGCCACUCCCACAACCACCAGCCCUGACUCGCCUGUCACGACUACCGGCACUCCCACAACCACCAGCCCUGACUCGCCUGUCACGACUACCGCCACUCCCACAACCACCAGCCCCGACUCGCCUGUCACGACUACUGCCACUUCCACAACCACCACCACUGACACGCCUGUCACGACUACAGCCACUCCCACAACCACCAGCCCUGACUCGCCUGUAACGACUACCGCCACUCCCACAACCACCAGCACUGACUCGCCAGUCACGACUACCGCCACUCCCACAACCACCAGCACUGACUCGCCUGUGACGACUACCGCCACUCCCACAACCACCAGCACUGACUCGCCUGUCACGACUACCGCCACUCCCACAACCAGCACCACUGACUCACCUGUCACGACUACAGCCACUCCCACAACCACCAGCACUGAGUCGCCUGUCACGACUACCGCCAUUCCCACAACCACCAGCACUGACUCGACUGUCAUGACCACCACCACUCCCACAACCACCAGCACUGACUCGCCUGUCACGACCACCGCCACUCCCACCACCAGCACUGACUCGCCUGUCACGACUACCGCCACUCCCACAACCACCAGCACUGACUCGCCUGUCACGACUACCGCCACUCCCACAACCACCAGCACUGACUCGCCUGUCACGACUACCGCCACUCCCACAACCACCAGCACUGACUCGCCUGUCACGACUACCGCCACUCCCACAACCACCAGCCCUGACUCGCCAGUCACAACUACCGCCACUCCCACAACUACCACCACCACUGACACACCUGUCACGACUACCGCCACUCCCACAACCACCAGCACUGACUCGCCAGUCACGACUACCGCCACUCCCACAACUACCACCACCACUGACACGCCUGUCACGACUACCGCCACUCCCACAACCACCACCACUGACUCGCCUGUGACGACUACCGCCACUCCCACAACCACCAGCACUGACUCGCCUGUCACGACUACCGCCACUCCCACAACCAGCACCACUGACUCACCAGUCACAACUACAGCCACUCCCACAACCACCAGCACUGACUCGCCUAUCACUACUACCACCACUCCCACAACCACCAGCACUGACUCGCCUGUCACGACUACCGCCACUCCCACAACAACCACCUCCCCGGCCACAACUACCACCACUCCCACAACCACCACCACCGCCUCCCCGGCCACAACUACCACCACUCCCACUACCACCAACUCACCGGUCACGAGUAGCACCACUCCCACAACCACCAGCCCUGACUCGCCUGUCACGACUACCGCCACUCCCACAACCACCACCACCACUGACACGCCUGUCACGACUACCGCCACUCCCACAACCACCAGCCCUGACUCGCCUGUCACGACUACCGGCACUCCCACAACCACCAGCCCCGACUCGCCUGUCACGACUACUGCCACUCCCACAACCACCAGCAGUGACUUGCCUGUCACGACAACCGCCACUCCCACAACCACCAGACCCGACUCGCCUGUCACGACUACAGCCACUCCCACAACCACCAGCCCUGACUCGCCUGUCACGACUACCGGCACUCCCACAACCACCAGCCCCGACUCGCCUGUCACGACUACUGCCACUCCCACAACCACCAGCACUGACUCGCCUGUCACGACUACCGCCACUCCCACAACCACCAGCCCCGACUCGCCUGUCACAACUACUGCCACUUCCACAACCACCACCACUGACACGCCUGUCACGACUACUGCCACUCCCACAACCACCAGCCCUGACUCGCCUGUAACGACUACCGCCACUCCCACAACCACCAGCACUGACUCGCCAGUCACGACUACCGCCACUCCCACAACCACCAGCACUGACUCGCCUGUGACGACUACCGCCACUCCCACAACCACCAGCCCUGACUCGCCUGUCACGACUACCGCCACUCCCACAACCAGCACCACUGACUCACCUGUCACGACUACAGCCACUCCCACAACCACCAGCACUGAGUCGCCUGUCACGACUACCGCCAUUCCCACAACCACCAGCACUGACUCGACUGUCAUGACCACCACCACUCCCACAACCACCAGCACUGACUCGCCUGUCACGACCACCGCCACUCCCACCACCAGCACUGACUCGCCUGUCACGACUACCGCCACUCCCACAACCACCAGCACUGACUCGCCUGUCACGACUACCGCCACUCCCACAACCACCAGCACUGACUCGCCUGUCACGACUACCGCCACUCCCACAACCACCAGCCCUGACUCGCCAGUCACAACUACCGCCACUCCCACAACUACCACCACCACUGACACGCCUGUCACGACUACCGCCACUCCCACAACCACCAGCAGUGACUCGCCAGUCACGACUACCGCCACUCCCACAACUACCACCACCACUGACACGCCUGUCACGACUACCGCCACUCCCACAACCACCAGCCCUGACUCGCCUGUCACGACUACCGCCACUCCCACAACCACCAGCACUGACUCGCCUGUCACGACUACCGCCACUCCCACAACCAGCACCACUGACUCACCAGUCACAACUACAGCCACUCCCACAACCACCAGCACUGACUCGCCUGUCACGACUACCGCCACUCCCACAACCACCAGCACUGACUCGCCUGUCACGACUACCGCCACUCCCACAACAACCACCUCCCCGGCCACAACUACCACCACACCCACAACCACCACCACCGCCUCCCCGGCCACAACUACCACCACUCCCACUACCACCAACUCACCGGUCACGAGUAGCACUACUCUCACAACAACCACCUCCCCGGCCACAACUACCACCACUCCCACAACCACCACCACCGCCUCCCCGGCCACAACUACCACCACUCCCACUACCACCAACUCACCGGUCAUGACUAGCACCACUCUCACAACCACCACCUCACCGGCCACAACUACCACCACUCCCACAACAACAACCUCACCAGCCACAUCUACCACCACACCCACAACCAGCACCACCGCCUCGCAGUCCACAGCUACCACCACUCCCACAACUACCACCUCACCGGUCACGACUACCACCAUUUCCACAACCACCACCGCCGCCUCGCUGGCCACAACUACCACCACUCCCACUACCACCACCUCGCCGGCCACGACUACCACCACUCCCACAACAACAUCCCCGCCCACAACUACCACCACACCCACACCCACCACCACCGCCUCACCAGCCACAUCUACCACCACACCCACAACUACCACCGCCGCCUCGCCAGCCACAACUACCACCACAACCACCACCACCUCACCGGUCACAACUACCACCACUCCCACUACCACCACCACCACCUCGCCAGCCACGACUACCACCAAACCCACAACCACCACCUCGCCGGCCACGACUACCACCACACCCACAACCACCACCUCGCCAGCCACAACUACAACCACUCCCACAACAACCACCUCGCCUGCCACGACUACCACCACACCCACACCCACCACCACCGCCUCACCAGCCACAACUACCACCACUCCCACUACCACCAACUCACCGGUCACGACUAGCACCACUCUCACAACAACCACCUCCCCGGCCACAACUACCACCACUCCCACAACCACCACCACCGCCUCCCCGGCCACAACUACCACCACUCCCACUACCACCAACUCACCGGUCAUGACUAGCACCACUCUCACAACCACCACCUCACCGGCCACAACUACCACCACUCCCACAACAACAACCUCACCAGCCACAUCUACCACCACACCCACAACCAGCACCACCGCCUCGCAGUCCACAGCUACCACCACUCCCACAACUACCACCUCACCGGUCACGACUACCACCAUUUCCACAACCACCACCACCGCCUCGCUGGCCACAACUACCACCACUCCCACUACCACCACCUCGCCGGCCACGACUACCACCACUCGCACAACAACAUCCCCGCCCACAACUACCACCACACCCACACCCACCACCACCGCCUCACCAGCCACAUCUACCACCACACCCACAACUACCACCGCCGCCUCGCCAGCCACAACUACCACCACAACCACCACCACCUCACUGGUCACAACUACCACCACUCCCACUACCACCACCACCACCUCGCCAGCCACGACUACCACCAAACCCACAACCACCGCCUCGCCGGCCACGACUACCACCACACCCACAACCACCACCUCGCCAGCCACGACUACAACCACUCCCACAACAACCACCUCGCCUGCCACGACUACCACCACACCCACACCCACCACCACCGCCUCACCAGCCACAUCUACCACCACACCCACAACUACCACCGCCGCCUCGCCAGCCACAACUACCACCACAACCACCACCACCUCACCGGUCACAACUACCACCACUCCCACUACCACCACCACCACCUCGCCAGCCACGACUACCACCAAACCCACAACCACCACCUCACCAGUAACGACUACCACCACUCCCACCACCACCACCUCGCCGGCCACGACUACCACCACACCCACAACCACCACCACCACCACAUCGCUUACCACUACCAGCUCUGCCACGCCACCAGUUACAACUUCAUCCACCACCACUACUAGACAGACCAUUACAGGUGAUCAUUUGGUUUUAUGUUGCUGAAUCUGUUUUCAAUGGCUUCUAUAUAGCUGUGUGGGAAACUGGAAACAAAUAUGAAAUUUAGCUGCUUCCUUUUCCUUGAGGCAUUUUUUUUAUGUAAGGCCUAACCCCAGAUUCAGGUUUCAGAGUUCUGUAGCCCUUCCAUUUCAUCUGCACGGGGAACCUUUGACUUUAACCUGGUGGUUUCUGGAAUUUCCGAGUUCCCUGAGUUUUAGUCAUUAUCAGAUUUCUGGUUCUCCUUGCCCCAGAGAAGCCUUCCUUUUCUCUGGGAAGCUUCUGCGAGGUUUCCAGUGAAGCGUUGAUACUUCCUACAGGUAUGUCUUGGCUCAGGAAGAUUCCUUGUGGCACAAGAAUGCAAUGAAAACCAGCUUCCUAACCAGUUACUUCCAGUGCUUUUUUUCUGGGGAUACACAGGGGUACGCAUACCCCUAAACAUUUUAUGACUCUUUGUACUUUUGUCCAUUUACUGUAUUUAUUUCCCCCCGAUUUGAACUAUAAAAUGGUGAUUUUCUUGAGCCAAAAUGAGAGUACCCCUAAACAUUUUUUAAAGAAAAAAAGCACUGGUUACCUCAGUUCCCUUUCCCAUAGCAGUCCAUUUUCAUUGGCUUGCAUCCCCUUCUCUUUCUUGCCUUGCUGUGGUCUAAGCCACUGAGCCUCUAGGGCUUGCCAAUCAGGAGGUCAGCGGUUCGAAUCUGUUACGAUAUUGAAGCAAUUCAGCCGCGAGCUGCUGGUAGCUUGAAAGCAAAACAUAAUGGGAAUGUUGGGACUGUUCCGUGGGAAACAGAGGGACAGUCAAUUCACAGUGCAGAGGGCACCGGAAUUAGCUCAGAGUGUAAUAUGAGCUGUACAGGAAGUACAGGAGGAGUUUGUCUCUCGACUGCUGGAGCUUGAAGAGAGCAGUCAUGCUUUUGUAACGCUGCAAAGACAGAAAUAAAGGAAUGUAAAUACGUUUCUGUCUAUCUCUUCCUCUGCCUGGGGGGCAGGAAAGAGGGGGUGUGUCCUUCUCACUCUGAGAAGGAUCGCCUAUCGCGACCUCUACCUGGAUCCUGCUGGGGAAUGCAGACAGGGAGGUCAACAGGAGAUCAAGCCGGGUGCCUGGAGAGUAGCCAGUUUCUCCUGAUUAAGGCUUGAUUCCCGACAUCCCCACAACGGAGUGAGCUCCCGUUGCUCUGUCCCAGCUCCUGCCAACCUAGCAGUUCGAAAGCACGCCAGUGCAAGUAGAUAAAUAGGUACCACUGUGGCGGGAAGCUAAACGGCGUUUCCAUGCAUUCUGGCUUCCAUCACAGGUGUCCCGUUGCGCCAGAAGCAGUUUAGUCCUGCUGGCCACAUGACCCGGAAAGCUGUCUGUGGAUGAACGGUGGCUCCCUCGGCCUGAAAGUGAGAUGAGCGCCACAACCCCAUAGUCGCCUUUGAUUGGACUUAACCAUUCAAGGGUCCUUUACCUUUUUACCUUUUACCACAGAAAGCAAAGGAAGUUUGCCACUUCAGCAGAUAAUGGCAUCAAAUUGGAGUUUGGCCAUAGUGGUUUGAACAUUUUAGAGAGUGAUUUUUGGCAACUGGCUGCAAAGGGGUUGUACGCAUUCAGUGUGGGCAAGGGACAUUCAACAUGGACAAUAUGGACAAGAGAAGGUCAGUGUUGAUUUCCCUGCAACAACGCUCACCAACUUCCAAAAUUAACAGGAAUGAGGGCCUUGGUGCCAUGCCUGUCAACAUGGCCCAAAGCUGGAUUAGACAGGGCACUUCAAAAACCUUUCAGAUGAACUUAAUACGUUUGUUAUUUAAGUGUAUUUUGGAAGCUGCUACGCGGGUGGCGUCGUGGGUUAAACCACAGAGCCUAGGACUUGCUGAUCAGAAGGCUGGCAGUUCGAAUCCCAUCAACGGGGUGAGCUCCCGUUCCUCAGUCCCAGCUCCUGCCAACCUAGCAGUUCAAAAGCACAUCAAAGUGCAAGUAGAUAAAUAGGUACCGCUCUGGCGGGAAGGUAAACGGCGUUUCCGUGUGCUGCUCUGGUUCGCCAGAAGCGGCUUAGUCAUGCUGGCCACAUGACCCGGAAGCUGUCUGCGGACAAACGGUGGCCUAUAGAGCGAGAUGAGCGCCGCAACCCCAGAGUCGGCCACGACUGGACCUAAUGGUCAGGGGUCCCUUUACCUUUACCUUACCUUCCCGCUCCACUCUUCUUCAACCUGUGGCACCUUAAAAGAGUAGCAAGUGUUUCAUGGCAUCCUCGGCUGAGAUAAAAUUUUCAGCUCUGAGGAAUUGUGAAACGUUACUUGAGUGUCAAGAAGAAUUUCACUUUCCCUAUGUGUUUUUCUCUAUAUACCUGUACAUUAGAUUGCUGCUAACCACAUUUUGUGGGGGAAACCUUCUCUCUUCCAGAAACGUGUGAAAAUGGGGGAACACAUGAUGGCAUCAAAUGUUUGUGCCUUAGCAAUUUCUAUGGGCCGAAGUGUGAGUUCCCAGUUGAAGACAUGCCUUUUGAAGUGGGUAAGUAGAACCGAGAGCAACCUGACCUCCAUUCCUGCAGAGCAGACCAAGUACACUCCAAUCCCUUUUGCGCCGUAUAUAAGACGGGAAAGACUAGGGUAUCAUCAAACAUCAAUAAUAAUAACAGUCUGAUCCGAUACAAAAAAAGUCACAAUAACUUAAAAAUAAACAACCUAUAUCAAAUAAAGUGAUAUUCAAUAAUCCGUUAGAAUCUAUAACAGUAAGCAGUAAAAUUAAAUAUCGGGCAAGUAAUAAACCGUUCAGACUUAUCCACUGCAAUGAAGAAUGAUUAAACUACAAGCCAUAAAAGUAACGGCAAGGCACAAUGCAUAAAAUACCGCAAAACGUACAAAAUGAUGUAUUAACAACUACUACUACUACUACUUGUUAUUAAAUUAUUAAAUUAAUUAUUAAAUUAAGUUAUUCAGCUAUCUUCUCUUUAAAAGACAUCCAGGGGGAUUGGAGGGGUAAAGCAAAAACAUUUGGGGUGGGGACCACAGUUGGGGGCUUUAAGAUGUUUAAAGCGCUCUUAACCACUACAGCGGCCAUAGCUUCCCCGCAAAGAAUCCAGGGAAUUGUAGUUUGUUCCGGGCGCUGGAAAUUGUAGCUCUGUGAGGGAUUUUCUGACAGCUCUCAACACCUUUGUAUAUAUAAAUAUGAUGAUAAUGAUAAUGAUAAUGAUGAUAAUAAUAAUAAUAAUAAUAAUAAUAAUAAUUUAUACCCCGCCCAUCUGGCUGGGUUUCCCCAGACACUCUGGGCAGCUUCCAACAGAAUAUUAAAAUACAAUAGUCUAUUAAACAUUAAAAGCUUCCCUAAACAGGGUUGCCUUCAGAUGUCUUCUAAAAGUCUGGUAGUUGUUGUUCUCUUUGACAUCUGGUGGGAGGGCGUUCCACACGGCGGGUGCCACUACCGAGAAGGCCCUUUGCCUGGUUCCCUGCAACUUGGCUUCUCGCAGCGAGGGAACCGCCAGAAGGCCCUCGGCGCUGGACCUCAGUGUGAUAUAAAUGAGAUUAGACAUUUAUAUGGCACUUUUGAGCUCUUAAAAGAGCACUCAGAGCACAAUAAAUCCCAUGGACAAAGUUAUAAAUAGAGAAAAUCAUAUACAAUCUUGGCAAGGAUGCGAUUUCUCCUCUUCUAAUUUGCUCUUGGAAUAGAACCAUUAGCAACAGCUAUCAGGAAUCGCAAGGGAGCCUUUGAACUUUGGGCAAAACGCCACGUUGUGUUAAACACGCUUUUUAAAAAAAGGCUUAUGCUGACCAUUUUUAUUUCAAAGGAAAGCAGAAUUCCCCACACCUUUGAUCUGGAUUCCACUCUAAAUCUGGAUUGGAGCCCCACAGUAGAUUCACACCCCAGCUGCUCUUUGCCCCUGUAGGUCAUGCUUAUGGCAUCUUUGGGGGGUAAAUAUCAGCUGUGGGGUGGAGGCAAUCCCUCCAGCAUAAUCAGAACCAAUGCCUAUAAAACCGGACAAGGCUUCUGCAAAUACAGACUUUUUCCUGGCAGAGGCAGAUGUUCCUAGACCAGGCAUAGGCAAACUCCGGCUUCCAGAUGUUUUGAGACUACAAUUCAUCCCUGACCAUUGGUCCUGUUAGCUAGGGAUGAUGGGAAUUGUAGUCCCAAACAUCUGAAGGGCUGGAGUUUGCCUAUGUCUGUCCUAGACUGAGGAUCAGCCAAAUCUGAACGAGGAGUGUCAAUUAAAGUAUAACUAAUAGCCAUAACUAUUACUAAUAGCAUAGAUCUGCCAUUUAGACAUUUGCCCUGCCCCAUUGCAACCCAUGUUAAGUUCUAGUGUUAGGAGAUGGGAAGAAAAACUUCUGUUUCUCCACAUCAUACAUUUUAUGAGGUUUUCUCUUAUUCAUGUCCUUCUUAGUGGGGUGGGGUUUCACCUUAACUAAAACACCUCCAGCAUUUUAGCAGUUCCUCAGAGGGGACAUGUUCCAAUCGCCUGAUGAUCGAUCUCCCUCCAUUUUAGAAAGUGUGCCCGUGACAAUUGAAGUCCAAGUUAAAAUCACCAACAAGGAGUUCGUUCCAGAGCUCGAGAACCAAGAGUCAGAAGAGUAUAAGAACUUGGAAGAGGAAUUUAAGAUGCAGGUAACAAUGAACCAUUGACUCAUCCUUCAACACCUUGCUCUGUUGGUUAUAGAGUUCUCUUUCAUUCUGUUUACCUUCCCUGUCUAAAUGACUCCAGCCUAGAUUAUUAAGACAUUCUGUAUUUUUCCUCUCCACCAUUUAGAUGGACAAUGUUUAUCAGGGCGUCUCUGGAUACCAAGGUGUGGUGAUCUUAAAACUGCGGUAGGUACCUGAAGCAGAGACCACUUUGAGAUGCCAUAUUGUCCAGUGGCCUAUUCAUGUUUCAGAUUAGGCUAAGGUGAAGCCAGUGAACGAGUCCUCCUGGCUUCCUGUUGCCACCCUACCAGGUCCCUCUCUCCUCAAAGGAAACCCAAGAGGUUGUUGUUCCCAGAAUCCCCCUUGUUCCGUAUCAUUCCCAGGCACCUAAUCUCUCCCUAGGAGAUCUUAGGCUGCUCCUGUCUGUACUCCUGUUAUCUGCAUGACUAAGGCUAACGUUCAUCUACUGAUUGAAGAGUAGCCCAUUUUUUGAAAACAUCCCCAGUCUAGAUUCCAAAUCAAGAAUAUUUCCACAAACAGAGACAGUUCGUGCGUUGUUGUUGUUGUCGUCGUCCUUGUCCUCGUCCUUGUGGUUGUCAUUAAUAAUUUUUAUUAGUUUUCAAUUACAAUCCAAUACAGUGGUACCUCGGGUUACAUACACUUCAGGUUACAGACUCCGCUAACCCAGAAAUAGUACCUCGGGUUAAGAACUUUGCUUCAGGAUGAGAACAGAAAUCUUGCUCCAGCGACACAGCGGCAACGGGAGGCCCCAUUAGCUAAAGUGGUGCUUCAGGUUAAGAACAGUUUCAGGUUAAGAACGGACCUCCGGAACGAAUUAAGUACUUAACCCGAGGUCCCACUGUAAUAGCCUCAUUAUAACAAUACCAAUUUAUAAUACAAUUACUAAUACCAAUCGUUCAAAUACCAAAUUAUAUAAUUUAGAUAAGGUCCCGUCCCCCCGCGUGCUAGAAUUGAUGGUUUGAUUAUUUCUUUAUUUCUGCAUUACAAAAUCUUAUGAAUUUCAAUUACAUUCCGGUCAUAAUAACAAUCCCUUAUACGACAACUGCAAUAUUAAUAACUUCCAUUCAUGCUGACACAUUAAAUGAUUUAUAAAACUACAAAUGAGGCACUCAAACAAUAUCUUUGUUCUUCCUGUGUGUGGCAAUUAUUCUGUCUGUGGUGUUUCUUCCUGUCCUUGUAAAAUGUUAUGUUUAUCUUUUCCCGGUUGUUGCUGUUAUCCAUCAGGCAUUGGGCGGAGCUGAUAUCCCAUUGUUGUCGUCCGUGCAUUGUUAUGCAUUCGGCUUGUGCGCCAUACAUUGAAAGCACAUUGCAUUCUGCAAAUAAUCAUGGGAACUGGAGGGCAUCUAUCAGAAAUCUGCAAUUCCCAGCACCCUUCACAGACUGCAGCUCUCAGAAUUCUUUGGAGGAAAACAUGUCCUUUAAAUGUAUAUGGUGUGCAUACAGCCAUGCUGGUAGAACAAGAUUUAGGCUGCCCCCAUAGCACUGAUCUUGCACAUUCAUAAGGACAUAAGUGAAUUUCCGGUUUUGGCUUUCUCCUCGUCAACGUGCGCCCCUGCCGCAUAGCUGUCAACCGUCCCUUAUUUGGCGGGAAACUCCCUUAUCCCAGCGCCGUGUCCCGCUGCUGUCCCUUAUUGAUGAUGUCCCUUAAAUUUCCCGGGUUUCAUGCUUGCCCGGCUCGGGAGGGAAGCAGCGGCCCGGGGUCCUCCGCCGCGCGAGAGAGUGCAUGCUGGCAUCCUGGUGCGAGGAGUUCUAUCGGCCCUUCCCUGCCCGAGAGAGAGGGGGGAGGGAGAGACUCUUGCCCACGCCACCCGCGAGCCCGGAGGCGGCAGCAGUGGUGGCAGCUGAGGAGGCGGCCUGAGGGAGGAGGAAGAGGAGGCGAUGGGGAUGGGGAGGGACGCAGAAGGGCGGCGCUUCAGCGGCCACGGCGGGAACCGUAACCGCCUCAUGCCGGAUUGACAGCAUCUGUCAAUCCUACCAAUGUAUGUAACUCUUUACAACAGCAAAAUCCCUUAUUUUGCCUGCUGAUCCCUUAUUUUCGAGGCUGCUGCUCCCUUAUUUUCAAAUCUGUAAGUUGACAGCUAUGCCCUGCCGUGCUCUUUUUAACAACAAAAUGGUGGUUGAGAUAUUGCCCUUUUUCAUCACUGUGUUAGGAAAGGCAGCAUUAUCGUGGACCACGAAGUCAUCAUUAAAGCUGUAAUAAACAACGAUGUGAACAUCAUUGACAAAACUGUCCAGAAUUUGACCGAGGUCGUGCGGAAGCAGCUGACUGCCGUCAACUCCACUCAGGAGGAAUGCAAUACAGGGAACUCAUGUAAGCUCCGGGCAACAGUCUUCCAGUUCGAGAUGAUAUUUCAAUAUUAUUGUGUCCUCCUGGCUAGAGAAGGGUACUCAGAAGGUUCCAUGGCUGGGAGUCCCUGCACUAAAUAAAAGUCCAUAUCUAGAGAAGGAGUCAGAUUGAUCUCUUGCAGCAAAAACAAGAAAAAAGGUUGUGACACCUUGAAGAAUUUCAUGAUGGCAUUAUAAGCUGUUAUGGACUAUCUCAGGCUUCCUCAACCUCGGCCCUCCAGAUGUUUUGAGACUACAAUUCCCACCAUCCCUGACCACUGGUCCUGCUAGCUAGGGCUCAUGGGAGUUAUAGGCCAAAAACAUCUGGAGGGCCAAGGUUGAAGAAGCCUGGACUAACUUCUACUUCAUCAAAUGCUUCAGAGAGCCAAGAUGUGUGUGCCUGAUUUCCUCCAUCCACCUAUUUCUAACAAGAGCUUCUUUCACAUACCGUCCAACAUUUCUCCGAUGAAACUGGGACGUCCUAUUCCAUUAUUGGGACGCGGGUGGCACUGUGGGUUAAACCACAGAGCCUAGGGCUUGCUGAUCAGAAGGUCGGCGGUUCGAAACCUCGUAACGGGGUGAGCUCCCGUUUUUCGGUCCCUGCUCCUGCCAACCUAGCAGUUUGAAAGCAGGCCAGUGCAAGUAGAUAAAUAGGUACUGCUCUGGUGGGAAGGUAAACGGCAUUUCUCUGUGCGCUGCUCUGGUUCGCCGGAAGCGGCUUAGUCAUGCUGGCCACGUGACCCGGAAGUUGGCUCCCUCGGCCAGUAAAGCGAGAUGAGCGCCGCAACCCCAGAGUCGUCUGUGACUGGACUUAACUGUCAGGGGUCCCCUUACCUUUACCUAUUCCAUUAUUAUUAUUAUUAUUAUUAUUAUUAUUAUUCCCCACCCACCUGACCUAUGUUCAAGAUUACAUUACAGCGUAUACCUCUCCACAUUACCUUCUUUAGAGAGACUUUAGAGAGACUGUCAGGGCAUUUUGAAGAGGUGCAGAAAAAAUAUAUAAGAAAGGAAAUAAGUAAAAUCAUGCAAUGUAACCAUCUCUUUCUUUCCACAGCAUUUUGCUUUUCAGCUUCACCUGACCCUAUUUUGAGCGCAAGCACAAAUUUUUCAGCUGAAGGUGAGUCCCAGAAUUAGGGAGGGACAAAGGGAUUAUUUAUGCACCCGCAGCCUGUCCAGUGAGAGCAAAAACAGUGAGCUGCCUGGAACUGGUCCUGCAUGCUUGCUCAUUCUAAACCCAAGGGGAGCUGCCUGCCUGUUCUUCUGGCUGCAUCAUGGUGUCAGCAAGUUGGCACUGCCAGGCCUCCAUUCUUCUCUUUCAUGGUGGGAUAGUUUGGCAGAUGCCUUCCAAUGUUCCUCAGAUGAAAACAGGUACAUUCUAUUCCGCAUCAGUAUCACUAGAUCCACACUGAUCUGUUAAACCAGGGGUCAGCAAACUUUUUCAGCAGGGGGCCGGUCCACUGUCCCUCAGACCUUGUGGGGAGCCGGACUAUAUUUUGAAAAAAAAUAUGAAUGAAUUCCCAUGCCCCACAAACAACCCAGAGAUGCAUUUUAAAUAAAAGCACACAUUCUACUCAUGUGAAAACACCAGGCAGGCCCCACAAAUAACCCAGAGAUGCAUUUUAAAUAAACGGACACAUUCUACUCAUGUGAAAACACCAGGCAGGCCCCACAAAUAACCCAGAGAUGCAUUUUAAAUAAACGGACACAUUCUACUCAUGUGAAAACACCAGGCAGGCCCCACAAAUAACCCAGAGAUGCAUUUUAAAUAAAAGCACACAUUCUACUCAUGUGAAAACACCAGGCAGGCCCCACAAAUAACCCAGAGAUGCAUUUUAAAUAAAAGCACACAUUCUACUCAUGUGAAAACACCAGGCAAGCCCCACAAAUAACCCAGAGAUGUGUUUUAAAUAAAAGGACACAUUCUACUACUGACACAUUCUACUCAUGUAUAAACACGCCGAUUCCUGGACCGUCCAUGGGCUGGAUUUAGAAGGCGAUUGGGCUUUUAGAGGUGCUUAGGUGGGGCAUGGCCAAGAAAGGUUGGGAACCACUGUCGUAGUCGCUGCUGCCCUGGACCCCCUUCCCCCCAUCGGCAGUACCCACUGAGCUGCCUCCGCUUCCCUGAGUGUGACUUUGGUCCCAGACAGUCCUGGCCGUGGGGAGGGGAGGGGCAGGCAGCUGGGCGAGCAAGUGGAGCUGGGUUUAUUGGGGAGGCACAGUGCAGCCCUGCUGGUCUCUAGUGGGUGGAUGGGUGGCCGCUGCAGUGAAUGAAAAGGUGGAGAAAGAUUUUAGGUUUCUUUAAGGGGAGAGGGGAAAGGCUUGCAUCUGGGAAUCUGGGGCUCUGCCUGACAAAGCGAGAAGCCACGAUAGCCUUAAGGGCUUCAUGAAGGUCCUGGCGGUUUUUGUGGCAGUGGUCUCUUCUUCUUUCUCCUUCCCAGCUGCUUGCAGAAAAAACAUUGAUCCCAGAUAUGCAGACUACUAUUACCCCGACAACUCCACAGGCACGUUGCGCUGUAUCUCCAACUGCACGAAGGACACCAAAAACACCAUGAACUGCAACAAUGGCUUAUGUAGCUUAUCUGAAAGAGGCCCUUACUGCAGGUAAGUGGACAGAGGAGCGGAUAGCAGAAAUAUCCCUGGAUCCGGGCAUCCCAUUGCAAACCUGAAUUUGUGCCAGUACGUGAUAGAAUCCCAGCUGAAAACUGUGACAGUCUGAAAGAGCCCUGUUCCUCUUCUUCCCCUCUGCAAGAAAAUCCAGAUGUGGGCUGGGAAGGGGGCAAUGCUCUCCCCUAAAACCACUUGCACAUCUCUCCCAUACACUUGUCCUACACUCGAGUAGGACCCUGGCAGAGACACGUGUCUGACUGGCAUGUUCUCUCCCUCCUGGUCGUUCGUUUGGGAGCUUCAAAAGCUUUCUUCAGCCCAAACAUCACAGCAACCGAUGCCAACAGACACACUUAGGGAUCCGCAGAGUUUGCACAUCAUGCACGUGACAGACCUCAGCAACUCAGCAUUUUGGCUAAUUACUUUAUUUACAUAUUAACACACACGGAGCACUGCAACAUGGCUCCCUCUCUCUCUAGCAUCAGACAGCAAAGAGAAAGAACAAAGGACAAUAGUCCCACUUCACGGAACACAGGAACACAAACAUCCUGUCUCCGUCACUUCCCACUCUGUGGAGUCAAAACAUAUACCGUCAUGUGCAAGACAACAAUCCCAUGACUGCAAUCACGGAGCAGGAAUUCUAACACCUGGCAAGGCCUUGGGAAGGGGGAAUGCGCUCCCCUGAAACCACUUGCACAUCUCUCCCAUAGGUGCAAUGAUGUGGAGUCCUUUUGGUACAUGGAUGAUCGCUGCCAAACACCGAUCCGGAAGAGCGAUGUUGGCUUUGGGGUUGGGCUGGCUGUCCUUGCAGUGAUCAGCACCAUCCUGGCGAUAUUCCUCCUCAGAGCCAGAUGGAGGAAGUCUCGUUCCAGGUAAGAAGCACAAGAAGUGCAUGGGUACAGUGGCGUAGCGUGGGGGGUGCAGGGGGGGCCGGCCGCACCGGGCGCAACAUCUGGGGGUUAGGGUUAGGAGGCGCAAAUCCACGGGUUAGGGGGCGCAAAUUACUUGCCUUGCUCUGGGUGCUGACAACCCACGCUACGCCACUGCAUGGGUAAGAUGCAGGCUGGAGGAGAAUAACCUAAAUUUCUGGUCCUUCUUAGCAGGGAGCCGAACCUAAUGAGUUAGCGAUUUCCUGGGAUCUUGUAUAGCAAUGAGUAGGGGAUCUGUUUGGUCCCAUGAGCUGGAUCAGGUUUGAACUCGCAGGGCAAAUUUGACAGGUCAGUCGCCCGAUGCCACAGUGCCAACUGCUGAAACGUGCUUUGAAACUGUGGACUUCAAAGCAUCUCUCAAGGUUCUGCUAAAACAACGGCCCUUUUCUUCAUUUUAGAAGGGGUUUUUAUGCAUUGGAAUCCCCUGCUAAAAUGAAUGUUUUCUUCCCCAUGUCUUAGCAGCGGAUAACAAAGGGUGAGAGGAGCACUUUAGCUGGGUUUUUUGUGAAAAUCCUUUUUCUACGUAUUAUUAUUUUAUUUUUAUUUGCACUUUUAACAAACAAACAAAAAAAGGAAGGGGAAUAGAUGUAUAAAAUGAAAUAGAGGAAAAUAAAUGACGUACAAAUAAUACCACCACCGACAAAAGCAAACAAGCCACACAACACCAUCACAGAAUUGUAGAGUUGGAAGGGACCACAAGGGUCAUCUAGUCCAACCCCCUGCAAUAUACAGGAAUCUUUUUGCCCAAUGUGGGACUCGAACACACAACCCUGAGAUUUCGGUAUGCAACCUGUUCAAAGGUAGCCAGUACAGCAAGGUCCUUAGAUGACUGAGUAAUAGAUGGUGCAUAUUCUUCCCCACAAGCUGAAAGCAUAAGUCUUAUGAACCAUAAAGGUAAAGGUACCCCUGCCUGUACGGGCCAGUCAUGUCCGACUCUAGGGUUGUGCGCCCAUCUCACUUAAGAGGCCGGUGGCCAGCGCUGUCCGGAGACACUUCCGGGUCACGUGGCCAGCGUGACGAAGCUGCAGCUGGCGAGCCAGCACCAGUGCAGCGCAUGGAACGCCGUUUACCUUCCCGCUAUAAAGUUGUACCUAUUUAUCUACUUGCACUUAGGGGUGCUUUCGAACUGCUAGGUGGGCAGGAGCUGGGACCGAAAGACAGGAGCUCACCCUGUUGCAGGGAUUCGAACCGCCAACCUUCUGAUCGGCAAGUCCUAGGCUCUGUGGUUUAACCCACAGUGCCACCUGCGUCCCACCUUAUGAACCAUAAGAGCUAGCAAAAGAGCUAGCUAAGGGAGAGGGCAGCCUGCGCUGGAAGAGCGGUGUUAGAAACUCAGAUAUAUAAGUUAUGUGCCAAAUAGCUCCUUAAACCAGAGUUACAGUCACCAAAACAGAAUGCCUAGUUGCCAUUUUGGGGCCAGAUAGCUCGAAAGUCCUAUUUCUCAAUAUGGCCUUUUGGUUGCCGAAAUUCGUUCUGAGUGUGCAGAUAAAAUAUAAUGGGUAGAAUUCCGCAGGAUGUGUUGCUAGUGUGUGAAAGAGGUGGUGGAGACAUCGGGCAUCUUCACCUGGUUGCAAAUGGCCGGUUUUGUUGUUGUUUAGUCAUUUAGUUAUGUCCGAUUCUUCGUGACCCCAUGGACCAGAGCACGCCAGGCACUCCUGUCUUCCACUGCCUCCCGCAGUUUGGUCAAACUCAUGUUUGUAGCUUUGAGAACACUGUCCCACCAUCUCAUCCUCUGUCGUCCCCUUCUCCUUGUGCCCUCCAUCUUUCCCAACUUUCCCAGGGUCUUUUCCAGGGAGUCUUCUCUUCUCAUGAGGUGGCCAAAGUAUUGGAGCCUCAGCUUCAGGAUCUGUCCUUCCAGUGAGCACUCAGGGCUGAUUUCCUUCAGAAUGGAUAGGUCUGAUCUUCUUGAAGUCCGUGGGACUCUCAAGAGUCUCCUCCAGCACCAUAAUUCAAAAGCAUCAAUUCUUCGGCGAUCAGCCUUCUUUAUGGUCCAGCUCUCACUUCCAUACAUCACUACUGGGAAAACCAUACCUUGGUGCAAAAUGUACCUGGCGCACGUUGAAUGCUGUCAUCCUUCUGUCUGCCUUCAGGUCCUAGUAAUGACCUCUUGGUUGUUGUUCCUGCAGCUUCUCCGAUGAUGCUGAGGCCUGGUAUGAGGAAGAUGAGGAAGAGUGGAAGCCCUCAGGAGGUCUGACCAUCGUGAAUGAAGGAGCUGCCAAUGAAGGUAAGGACUCUUCACAGCUACAUUAGGUAGCUGUGGGCCAGGGAUUGCUCUUCAAAACUUAGGCUUGGGACCUCUUAGCAGUGCCACAUAUUGCACUGAGAUAAAACAAGGCUGUGAAUACCUGUGCAGAACACAUCUGUCUCUGGUGGAGGAACCACAAGCAGGCACCCACUCACCGCCAUAUUAUGGAAGUGUUCCUGGCAUCCAGGCAGACUACAGCCAUUCUACAAACUCUCUCUGUGUGUGUGUGUGACUUUACGGAGCAACUGAGUGGCAGGGUCAAGGGCCAAUCUGUGCACAGGGCUGACCAGGGCCGGCCCAGGAGUUUUGAUGGCUUCCAGGAAAGCAAAUGUCUUGCUUUGCAAAAAGCAAGGAGGAGAGCACUGCUGCAAGGGCUGUGUAGACCAGGAGCAAAUCAGGGUGUGUGUGUGUGUGUGUUUUCUUGGUUUGUAUGUAGCUUUCCCCCCUCCCCACAUCCCAUUGCUGCUCUCAGCAACAGCCCUCCCUUCCCUUUGGUCACAAACUUGUUCUUUGAAGCACACAGGAGUCUUAGUACUCGGCUGCAAUGAAAAGAACUGCAGUCGGGAAGGUAUGCCCACAAGGAAGGCUUUGCGAUGGAGAAAACAGGCUCUCUGUUAAGGCCAAUCAUUCAUUUUGGCUGUUCUGUGGCCCUUUCCUCCUCAGAAAGCCAAGACAGAAACAGGAGUUUCCAGGUCUCUCUGGACUCGGUUGAUACGACGACACAGGUGAGUACAAGCAGCUCUCUUGCAAAGCUUCUCACUUCUCAUCCUCAGGGACCAGCAACUGAUGCAGAUCUGGUAAAUCAGGAAGGGGGGGCAGAUGGAGACCUGCAAGGGAACAUGUGGGAGCUGCCAGAAUGAGCUUUGCAGCUUCAUCAUUACCAGGCGCUGUACACACACAAGCCCAUUUGCAAAGUAAAGGUAAAGGGACCCCUGACCAUUAGGUCCAGUCGUGGCCGACUCUGGGGUUGCGGUGCUCAUCUCGCUUUAUUGGCCAGGGGAGCCGGUGUACAGCUUCAGGGUCAUGUGGCCAGCAUGACUAAGCCGCUUCUGGCGAACCAGAGCAGCGCACGGAAACGCCGUUUACCUUCCCACCGGAGCGGUACCUAUUUAUCUACUUGUACUUUGACGUGCUUUUGAACUGCUAGGUUGGUAGGAGCAGGGACCAAGCAAUGGGAAUUCAUCCCAUCGAGGGGAUUCAAACCGCUGAACUUCUGGUGAUCAGCAAGUCCUAGGCUCUGUGGUUUAACUCACAGCGCCACCUGCAUCCCAGCCCAUUUGCCGCACAAACCAAAAAUGUCAUUUUCCUCAAUCCAGAAUUGUUAGUGCUGAUCCUCAACCUAGAAUCUGUAUAGCUUGAUUCUAGAGCCUGCUGCCCACAAGGGUGAGCUUACUUGAUAUACAUUGGAAAACCUUCCCCUUGCUUCGGUAAUCCAUGUUUUCUCCCCUUUGCACGUGCCUCAGAUAAAUGAAACAGGAAGCAGUGAUUAUGCUAUUGCAACGCACCCACCCAAAAUGUCAUUGGGCAGGUCAUGGGCACAGCCAGGAUUUAUUUUAGGGGCAGAACAGAACAGACACAAUUGGCCAAUUAGAUUUAGAGGGGGGCAGAUGCCCCCCUGCCUAUGCCCAUGUGGCAAGUGUAGAUACACGCCCAUUGCUGGGACUGACUAGAUCUGUUUUCAUCUGUUUGCAUGUCGAGAUCCCCAGGGCCACCCCAAUAACUCACACAUCACACAGAAUUUUUUGUUUAAGAUUUUUGGCAUAAUUUUGGCCACAACUUUAUUGAAAUACAAAUUUGUGAGUGGUUGCUUAGGCAUUGGUUGCGACUAUCUGCCCCCACCAUGGGGGACAGACUGACAUUCCGCACGAUGCGAAAGUCAGAAUAGGGGAAUACACUUGGGGGUAACGAUGGAGCAGGGAACCUGCCCUCACCCCAAAUGCAACCAGGAGCUCAUUGCUAUGGCCCGAGCCCCCUUGGCAGAGUGGACAAGCAAUAGUUAGCCCCCAAUUCCUUUAACAGAAUCCCUUGCAGCAGCAGCAUUAGAGGGGCAGGCACUCAACCUACCAAGGGCAGGCACUCAACCACUGCCCCUCAACCAACCAAACCAUAAACCAAUGCCUAACCACAACCUUACAAGCUGUGACGAUUUGCUACGCAGUAGGCAAAAACCAAAUGGCCCCAGGCAAUCAGCCAGAUGGACAAAAUUCCUACCGGGCCCCUGCCCCAAGAGCAGACGACCCCAUGACAGGCAUAGCAAGGUCAAAGCGAACAACCCUAAUUCUAGGGAGGGGGGGGACGGGCAAUCCGAUGCACAGUCGAAAAGAGGAAACCCUAGCCUCGUGCAAGGAGUUUUAGCAUUUCUGGCUGUCAAUCAACAAAUGGCAAAGAGCUAUUACUUUUUGGAUGAGACCAGUGUCGUGCAUAUGCAGCCUCAGGCACUCAGAGGUGAAAGCAGCAAACUUUAUUGCAGUCUCCCUGCACACAUUUCCCCAUCCGUCUUUGUCUGAAGAACACUGAAGAACACACACAAAGGCCCUUUUAGAAAAUUGCCCCAGAAUCAGUACAGGGCAGUAAUCUACGGAAACCACUGGAGGGAGCUGCAGUCAUUAGGAUCUUACCAACCAAAACAAAAGAGACCAAGUACAGCAGUGAAAACUGGAAUUGAAACAGCUCCAAAAUACAGUCGUACCUUGGAAGUCGAACGGAAUCCGUUCCAGAAGUCCGUUCGACUUCCAAAACAUUCGGAAACCAAAGCACAGCUUCCCAUUGGCUGCAGGAAGUUCCUGCAGCCAACUGGAAGCCACGUCGGACGUUCAGCUUCUGAAAAUCUUUUGAAAACCAGAACACUCACUUCCGGGUUUCGAUCAUUCGGGAGCCAAUUUGUUCAGGAGCCAAGGCGUUUGAGAUCCAAAGUACGACUGUAUAACUUGCAAAAAGGCAAACAGGUCUUGCAACAGAACGUUGUGCUCUCUCUAACGAGAGUGUUCCUAUUUAGGAUUUCAGCCAGCCUGGCAUGCCCUCCUCCAGCAUUGUAUGAGCCAGAGGUAGCCAACAGAUAUCUCCACAUGGACUACAGUUCCCAACAUCUUUAUCUGGACAACACUCACCACUAAGGCUUUCGAAAUCAAUUAAAAAAUUUUAAAAAUUGUCCAGUAGCACCUUAGAGACCAAGAUGGUUCUGGGUCUAAGCUUUCGUGUGCAUACUAAGGCUGUUGUUGUUGUUUAAAUCAGAGGAGUGAUGCUAUUGUGGAGUUUACAUGCAAACAGUAACCCAGUCUUAGUUAACUAGCUACAGGAAAGGUGAUUAAUCAGCCCUAAAAAAGAUUCCGCAGAUACAUUACUUUCAAAUGGCUUUAUAAAAUUUCACUGAAAUCUUAAAGUGCACAUUUGCAAUUGCUGAUUUCUUUGGGUGUCAAAUGAACCCUAUAUCUUUUGUGGAGCUCAUAGAGUAUCUGACCUUUUCUCUUUGCAGAUGCAGUUCCAAAAACCAACAGCACUGACCAACUAUUGAUCCCAUCCUGGAACACAUUGUGGAAAUUUGACUGAAUUACAUCAAGGACCCUGAAAGCCCAACACUAACAGUCAGACUAUAUUACAGUUGUCUACAUUCCUUCCUGGGAGAGAGUUUUGGGGCUUGGUAUCAUCAGUAUGAUGAAGACACCCAGCUCUGUUUCUCCUUUCCACCUAAAUCCAAGGAAGCUUGUCUCAGUUCUGGAGCAGAAUCUGUCAUCAGUAGUGGACUAGAGGAAGGUGAAGAAAUGGAAACUUAAACCAUACAAAACAAAGGUGCUCUUGGUCAGUCAGAAGACAGAACAGGGAAUAGGGAUAUUGGAAACUGGUUUGUUGUUUUUUUAUGACUGCUCCUAGACUUUGAAACUCCCUCCAUACACAACUUAAGACUUUCUCUCUCCUUGCAUAGCUGUCAACUUACAGAUUUGAAAAUAAGGGACCAGCAGCCUCAAAAAUAAGGGAUCAGCAGCCAAAAUAAGGGAUUUUCCAAGCACAGGUAUGUUCAACUUCUGAGCCCCUCCAAGCCAAAGGCAGAAAGCCCAGCCAGCAGCCAAACGAAGCCUCAAGCGGUGGUUCCCACAGCGCAGCAACCCAGCAAAGGGGAUGCAGCAAGGAAAACCACCGUCACCUCUCCGCUGGGAAGCGCUGAGCAAAGGCGAGUCCCCAGGCAACACGGCCGAUUUGAUCGGCACAAGGCAUGCAAGCUCCACCCCCCAGUCAUUCUUAGACUCCUUAUUGGGUGAGCAACGCAGCCAAGCAACCCAGUUGGAGCCUCCCUGGCCGACAGGGAGGGAGAGGAGCUGCUUCCUUUGAAACCCGGGAAAUUUAAGGGACAUCAUCAGUAAGGAACAGCAGCGGGACACAGCGCUGGGAUAAGGGAGUUUCCCGCCAAAUAAGGGACAGUUGACAGCUAUGCUCCUUGUUAUCCUUCCACUGGCUAAUGAAGACUUUCUUAUUCCAACAAUGCUGUUGCGAAGUGACUGUUUGUGCGGAAAGGGCUGACACAAUGAUGUUUUUUAUUGUAAUUAUCUGUAUGUUCUAACAAAACAUACACACACCCUUCCAUUGCAUGCGAAGACAGGCUUCAGCAGAUUGAGCAGACGAGAUCGAUAGUGUAUCCGAUGGUCUACAAGGCAGUUUCUGCACGUACUGUACAGGGAAGUUAGGGGCAGAUGUGGCUUGUCAACCUGGGAAGGUAGCCCAUAUAAGAGAAGGGAAAAAGUGAUCCUAAACCUCCACUGCCUUGCAAGAUAUCCUCGGGAGAAGAAAAAGCUGAGGAGUGAAGCCUGUACAAACCUGAAGUCCCUAAGAAAGUUGGAUGGCUCCUUAAAGGCCUCCUUCUGGCAACUCCUGCAGCCAAGUUGAUGCCAAACGUCUUGCUCUGCUUUCCUUUGGACAGUAUCAGCGAGGCUGAGAGCGCUUGUCGUCUGGGCAGCCCAGGACCUCCAUACACACUGCCCAACAUGUUUAAUGCUAAAGGUAAAGGGACCCCUGACCAUUAGGUCCAGUCGUGACCGACUCUGGGGUUGCGGCGCUCAUCUCGCUUUAUUGGCCAAGGGAGCCGGCGUUUGUCCGCAGACAGCUUCUGGGUCAUGUGGCCAGCAUGACUAAGCCACUUCUGGUGAACCAGAGCAGUGCAUGGAAACACCGUUUACCUUCCCGCCGGAGUGGUACCUAUUUAUCUACUUGCACUUUGACGUGCUUUCGAGCUGCUAGGUUGGCAGGAGCAGGGACCGAGUAACGGGAGCUCACCCCGUCGCGGGGAUUCGAACUGCUGACCUUCUGAUCGGCAAGUCCUAGGCUCUGUGGUUUAACCCACAGCACCACCCGCUUGCUUUUAAAUUAUUACCCCACCUGUGAGCCACCUUGAGCUCCUCUCAGGGGGAAAAGUGGGAUAGAAUUCAAUAUAACAACAUCAACAACGCCUCCACUUACCACAAUGACAAAAAGCAAACACAGCAGGGCCAGGCAGGAAGAUGACAGUGUGGGGAUGUCUCCAAACAGGCAGUCCCAUAGUUCAAUUCUUUCUUUCUUUUUUAAUUGAAAUAAUUCAACAUUAAUACAUUUAUACAUACAUAUUACGGAUAUACAAACAAACAUACAUUUCAUACAAUCCUUAAAAAUAUUCAUAACAUACCCAGAUUCAAUCCUUUUCCCACCACUGUCCCUCACCCCUCACCCCACCCCGUGUUAGACUUCCAGUCUACUCAAUUGCAGUUUCUUUCCAUUUCUAUUACUUUCCUUCACACACUAUUAAACCAACUUUCUACUUCAUUUUCUGUUAUACAUUGUUAUCCAUAUUACUUGGUAUUUCAGUAUUUAUAACGGAACUUGUUUAUUCUAAUAGGAGUUCUGAUUUCUCAAAAUGAAUUUGCAAAUAUCCUUUAAACACCUUCCAGUCCUUGUCUACCUUCUCUUCUGAGAUCCUUCCGAUUUCUCCCAUUGUUUUGGACAUAUUGUAAUACUCCAAUAAUUUGGCAAGCCACUCUGUUUUUGUCGUAUUAUACCACUUUUCCAAUUUUUCAAUUCUUAGGCUUCACAGUCCCAGGGGAGGAUCGUGUCAGGUCUGAUUCUGAACACAUGAACUGGUUUUCAAGGUGUCCCAAUGUCUUGUCUGUGUUCCUAUACAUCACCUGCACACUGUUGGCACUUUACGAAUGCUUUGUGUAGUGGAGCAAUGAUUAAAAUCAAAAGGAUUGCAAA